AUGUCCCCGCCGUUGCGAGUGCCUGCACCCACGUGUGGCAAGAUACUUCUAAGGUGUAAGACUCAUGCUGCUGCUUUUCGAGAACACAUCGGUGUGCAGGUAUGUGUUUUCAAAAUAGGUGUGACAGCCAACGUUCCACGAAGGUUUAGUGCUUAUCUAAAUCUGGGCUUCACUGCAAUGUGGAUACUGCACACUGGGGACGAAGUAGGCUUAAUUCACAUGCUGGAGGCUGCUCUGAUCGCUGAGUUUCAGAACUGUACAGGUUGUCGGAACUCCGCAAACACUGGUGGUGAGGGCGCUCUAAACAGAAAGGUUCGAGAAGGCCCGCCUUUCUUCGUGUACAUCACUGGUGGGAGGGCAGAUCAGGCUCGCAGGGCCGCAUGCAAGCACGUCGUCGAGAUCGCCAAGGCCACUCUUCUAGAAAGUCCUGAUGGACAUACGCCUGCAUUGCGGGAGUUCGCUGCUGUCAGCGAAAAUGAUGCCGAGGAGGGAGCCCACCGAAUCUUCAGGAAGUAUGGUUUAGCCGCUCCGUUGCGCGUGCAAAGUAUAAACAUUGGCCCCGGUCCCUUGCAGAAGUUUCCCUUCUUGAAUUUUUCUGAUUGGGUCAGAUAUCUGCUGGACAGGGGGCAGCUCGGCCAGCUUUGUGGAACAAAUGACAUCGCGAAAAUGAAUGUGUUGCUUGGUGAGUUUUGGCGCCGGUAUAGACUGGUGGAGCCAGACUAUGAGUUGUGGCGACUGGCUGACUCGGGCCAGCUGGAAAAUGUGCCGACCCCUCAAGACAUCCGUGAGGAUGGCAUGCGACUCAAUUUCGAGGGCAACACGUGGAGCAACCAGUUCUUGGUGUCUGUGAUGACACGAGCUUUGCAAAACAGACAGGCCGGCUCCAUGGAGAAGAUUGUGGCAAGCUUCGCCAAGGACAUGUGCAAAUUGGCCACCGAGGGCGUGACUUCGAAGGAUAAAAGCAUUCGGAUUUGGUGUGCGCAGAUUUCUACGAAAGGUGAUCUUCCAGCUCUGAUUCGACUAGGCAACUUGGAACGCAACUACGCGCGAUGCCCCAAGCAGUCCAGCUCCAAGAAGGCAUGCAUUGGCAUUUGCCAUUUGUGCCUCGCUGGCUGUGAGGGUGCUAACAAUCGAUCCCUCCAUCCAUGGGAAGACUUCGGACCUGCUGCAUCCUGGCGACAGACCGAGUUUCAGAUGGUCCCAUGGGAGGACGAGCCCAAGAUCAUCACCGGCAUUCCGGUGAUCCGAGGGGCAGCCGAGGCUUUCUUUGCUAUUGAUGUUUGGCACACCUUUCACUAUGGCAUUGCAAAGUACUUCUUGGGGUCGGCGAUGGUUGAGGUGAUCGCACAGUUUUUCGAUGACAGGAGCUGGGAUGCCAAGUUUCAUCGUUUGGGAACUAUGUAUGUGUCCUUUUGCAGGGCCAACAGACUUACGCCGUACAUCACGGAGGUUACCAAAGACACGUUUUCCUUUGAGUCUGAGAAAAGUAGUGUUGUGGCCCACUGGUCAAAAGGUGCUGUCUCCAGCAACAUGAUGCUCUUCCUCGCCGACCUGCUGCAGAGGUUUGUGGUGGGCCAGACCGAGGAUGAGAUGUUUCUUUCCAUUGUGCGAGCUACGACAGCCAUGAACUGGUUUUUCUCCCAGCUGUAUGCUGAAGGCUUUUGGAUCCGCUCCGAGAAAGGCCUCAAGCUCGCACAAAUGGUCCAGAUCUUUCUGCUCGCUUACCAGAAAUGUGCAUGGCUAUGUGCUCGGAUGCAAAAGAACCGCUUUAGGCUGGUUCCAAAGCUCCACAUGCUGAGUCAUGUGGGGAAAAGGAUCGAAGAUGAUGCGGGCAGAAGCCCCUG